AUUUUGGGUUUUUUGGGGUCGGUAACGGGUCUGUCCCCAGAGCGGUGCCGGUUACCGGCGCUCACCGGCCGCUGCCGCGCCUCCAUCCCGCGCUGGUUUUUCAACGCCUCCGCCGGGAGCUGCGAGAGUUUCGUGUUCGGCGGCUGCGGCGGCAACCGGAACAACUUCGGGAGCGAGCGGGAGUGCCGGGAGAGCUGCGGGGGGAGCGCUCCUUCCGGCCCUGCCCCCGCCAAUUCCACCUCCGCAGAGCCGUGCUCAGCGCCGCCGGUGACCGGCCCGUGCCGCGCCGCGUUCCCGCGCUGGUACUACAGCCCCGAGGAGAAAUCCUGCCGGGAAUUCACCUACGGUGGCUGCCGGGGCAACGCCAACAACCACCGGGACGAGCAGGAGUGUCUGCGGCGCUGCCGGCCCCGCCCAGAUGAUCUCGGCGCCGAGUUCCGGAGAUUCUUCUCUUCAAAAGGGGCCGUUUUUGGGGGGCUGCUGGCCCUGGGCGCCGCCCUGGGCUCAGUUCUCAGCCUCGCCCUUCGCCGCUGCCGCCGGACGCCCCGAGCGCCGCCGAGCCCCGAGGAUCGCGAGUGCCUGAUGAAGGAUCCCUACCCUGCCUGAGACCCCCCAAAAACCCCCAAAACACCCCAAAAAUAGCCCCAAAAAAUCCCCCAAAAACAUCACCCCGACCCCCCUCCUGAUAAUGAUCCGUGCUCUGCCCCCUCCGGGUGAUUUUUAGUGAUUUUUGUAGGGAAAAGAAAGAAAAAAAAAUCAGAAUUUGGGGAAAAGAGGGUGGGAAUCCACAACAACCCCCCAAAAAAAACCCAAAAAAAUUCCCCAAAAAUAUCCCCAAAAAAUCCCCCAAAAACAUCACCCCAACCCCCCUCCUGAUAAUGAUCCGUGCUCUGCCCCCUCCGGGUGAUUUUUAGUGAUUUUUGUAGGGAAAAUUUAAAAAAUGGGGAGAAUUUGGGGAAGGGUGGGAAUCCCCAACAACCCCCCAAAAUACCCCAAAAAAUCCCCCAAAAAAUCAAAAAAAAAUCCCCCCAAAAAUCCCAAAAAUUUCCCCCAAACCCCCUCCUGAUAAUGAUCCGUGCUCUGCCCCCUCCGGGUGAUUUUUAGUGAUUUUUGUAGGGAAA